GAGGACCACGGCGACGCGAUACGACAAUAAUGACGGGCAGGGGCUCGAAGAGGCGGGGGCGCCCGCCCAAGUCUGUGGUGAUGGAGCGGCCGAAAAAGUUCCAGUAUCACCUGAUGAAGAAGCCUAAGUACCUGCAGAAUCGAAGUACGACGGGCGGCUUGUUCGGCGGCGCCGAAACGCCGGGCUCGCAGCCGAGCACGCCAACGGCAUCGCGGCCGACGUCACCGUCGGUCGAGAACGAGGAGAGCAACAAUAAGCGCAACACGAGGAAUCAGCGUAAAUCGCGGACCGGUCGCGAUCGACACUCACGGAAGGGCGGUCACUCCGGAGCCACAGGUGGUGCUUACCAGCGUCGCGGCUACAAUCCCAACGUGGACUAUCACGAUUCCGAGUAUCACUACGGGUCCGACUUCGGCGACGAGUCCAGCGAGAAGAGCGAACCUGAAGAGGAACCAUUACAGAGUGACGACGACUCUUCCGAGAGCAUGGAGGAACCUGAUCCUUCGAGUGACAGCGACUUUUCACUCUCUAGUUACAGCACCACCAGCGGCACUCCUAGAAAAACGCUACUCACCCAGCAGCGACCACCCAGCCCGGAACCAUUGUGGCUGCAGGACAGAGAACUACCGCCACUGGUGUUACCUAAAUCCUCAGACGAUUUGUUGGUCCCCAAAGAGUUGGUCAUGCCAUUGCUCUCCAUUUACGAGGUGCUCAGGCACUUUCGCACUCUGGUACGCCUCUCCUGCUUUAGAUUUGAGGACUUUUGCGCCGCGCUUAUGUGUGAGGAUCAGACAAACUUAUUGGCGGAGAUUCACAUCAUGCUUAUCAAAGCGCUGUUGCGAGAAGAGGAUUCACAACAGACACAUUUUGGUCCACUGGACCAGAAAGACUCGGUGAAUGUUAGCUUGUACUUUGUGGACUCUCUGACAUGGCCAGAAGUGUUACGUUCGUAUGUAGAGAGUGAUAAAAGUUUCGAUCAGAACAUUUUACAAAUAUUAGCUACUACUGAAUAUCCUUUUACUGCCAUCGAGGAUAGAAUCAAGGUCCUACAAUUUUUAACUGAUCAAUUCUUAAUUACAAAUCCUGUGAGAGAGGAUCUACUGCAUGAAGGAGCUAUGCAUUACGAUGAUCACUGCAGAGUAUGCCAUCGACUAGGAGAUCUAUUGUGUUGUGAAACUUGCCCGGCUGUAUUUCAUUUAGAAUGCGUAGAACCACCUCUGGUCGAUGUUCCUACUGAAGAUUGGCAGUGUAGUACAUGUAAAGCCCACAAAGUGAUGGGCGUCAUAGACUGUAUUCCCGAUGUCGAAAAGAACGGAUCAUUAUGUAGACAAGAGCAUUUAGGAUUUGAUAGACAUGGCAGAAAAUAUUGGUUUCUCGCAAGAAGAGUUUUUGUCGAGAGCGAAGAAGGCGAGGUGUGGUAUUAUAGCUCACCCUUGCAAUUAGAAGAACUGAUGCUUGGAUUAGAUCAAAAUGAAAUGGAAGUGGCGCUUUAUCGUGAAUUGUCCGAUUACAAGGAGGAGAUAAUUCGUCAAAUGGAGCUCACAGAGACUCUCACUAAUCAGUUUAAAGGAAACAAGAAAUCGUAUUUGGAAAUAGAAAACAAUCUUAUACAAAAGUUACAAAAAGAACGACAAGAGAAACAGGAGAAAGAGGAGGAGGAGAAAAAAGAAAAGCAGAGACAGGAAGCAGAGGAAAUGAUACGCAAGAUGCAUGAGAAUGCAGAUGCUUUUGAUGAGCGUACGACAGGAACGAUGGAACAAAGUGAAACGAAGACAUCUGGUGAUGAGUCGACUCCAGCUACUCAAGUACCUGAGGUGGUCGGCGAAACUGUCGAAGUCGAUGCUACCGAAGCAUCAUCGACCGCGACAAAUACGGAUAAAACUACGAAAAAUAGCACUUCUACGUCGUCAUCUGAAGAUAUUGACGAAGAGACGUUAGAAGGAGAGGAGAAAAUUGGAAAAGAUGGUAAAAAACAUACUAUUGUGACAAGAUCGAAGACUGGUUCAUUGCAACCGCGAACUUUUAACAUGGAUGAGGUGAAAAGACGGAGCAUGGCACCAUUGUCGAAGGAGGAACAAGAAAAAUUAGACAAGGGUCUAAAAGACUCCGAGAGCGACAGUAAUAUUAGAGUAACGCGUCAAAAAGCACAUCAAAUCGCGUCCGGCACACAUUUAUUUAAAUUGGGCAUGGACAACAACUUUAAGUCGUACGUCAAUCAAUACAGCACUAAUAUCGUCGCGUUAAAUAAGACACAGAGAAACGAAGAACGCGAUAAGAAACGUCACUUGUCGCACAAGUUCUCGCUUACGCAGGCGUCGGAGUUCAAAUGGGUGGGCAGUCUGACAGGUACCCGUGCCUUGUUAGUCAGUACGCUGCGUCAAACAAUUCUACAGCUCGAGAGCAAUAUUCAGGCGUCAUUUAUGCAUACCAAUUGGCCGCUAUUGCGCAAACCAUGGACUUCGGCGGUGGGAGCAUGUGUAAAUCCACGGGACUUUGCGCGUACUCUUAUCGUCUUGCAAGCGUGCAUCAAGUCUGUCGUGUUUGCGAGCGUGUGGCACGAUCAGCUUGGUCAUGUGAAACUCCAACGGGUGACCGCGCUCGAGCGUGAGGAGAAAAAACGUCAGGAUAAGAAAGAGAAAAAAGAGAAAGAGGACGAGGAGGAGCGUAAUCGACUCUUCAACUUCGUCAAGUAUACGCUCGGCUUGAAGCAUCAAGUGUGGAAACAGAAGGGUGAAGAGUAUCGAGUGCACGGUCAGGGGGGUUGGCUCUGGGUGUCGUCCAGGCGCCGUUAUCGAUUCUCGGAUAUGACAAAGAUGGGCUUACGUGCCGGUCCACAGAAAAUUAUGGUGCAGAUCAAGGAUCAAGGUGGCUUGAAAAUACUCGCACUCGAUCCACCCACUUAUGAAUUUCUUAUCAAGGAAUACUGUCCAAGUAAGACAGAGAAUGGUAUUGUGAAACAAGAGAUCAAAGAGGAAGGUGUGGAAAAAGACACAAUAAAACAGGAAUGUAAUGCGGAAAAUAUAAAAAAGGAGCCUACAAUUGAUGGCGAAACUAAAGGCGUUAAUCCAUCCGUGUCGAUAAAACCAGAAACCCAAUCGAUUAAACAGGAACCGAAGACAAAUCUGUCAUUUUUAGCUGGCAUGAAAAUCGAAAAAGUUUUUACCCCAAUUACUGAAUUUGAAGAGAUCAACAUCAAUAAGGCACUAACCACUUCUGGAAGAUUGCACUAUCCAAAAGUUGCAAAAAAGACGAAGAUCGACGAUUUUCUAGCACGUAGAACACAUUUGAAGUUUUUAGAAGAAAGAAGAUUAUUACAAUCUGUGAAGACAAAAGAAGCAAAUCAGACACCAAAUAAAAAAGGUGGAGAUGGCGAUUCCGCAGAAGUCGAUACGGAAAAUCACGAAGAAAACGAUAGUAGUGGCACCAUUGGUGGCGGUGGGGACGGUUCUCUGCAAGGUAUUUUGUCUACGCCCACUGGCAAACAACAGCAACCGCAAGCGAAAAAAAUACCAGUAACAGCUAUCCCUGCGUCCAAGGAAAUGCUGUCAAUUACCAAGCGCAUCCAGCAAGUGCGCUUGCAAUACUCGGCUGCCUUGAAGCUCUGCAAAAACGGCGGUUGUUACUCGCGCUAUUGUAAUAUGAAUAACACUAACAAGAACAACGCCAUACAAGUUAACGCUGCGCAGGUUAUCACUCCGAAUAUCGGCGAUAUUUGUUAUUCACCUUUGUGCAUGCGAAAGAUGCGACUCAAGCGCGAUUUAAUCAUAUUGUUGCGUAAGGCAAAUACUCUGAGCAAUAAUCAGUCUUCUUCGUUAUCGUCACCUCAAGUUACAACAGCUUCUGUGAAAACGGAAACCCCAGAUGAAUCAAAGAAUACGAUUAAACGGGAAUCAGCGGCGAUAUCAACCACUCACGAGAAAACAGCGACAGAAACGAAGGACGCCAGUCCUUCUCCAAAGAAGAUCAAGCUAGAUAAUGAGCAUACUAAUGAGAAAAGCAGUGUGACCACUGUCACAACGAGUAACGUCGUUACAACCACCACAACGAUUACGACGACUCAACAGACGAUAAAGAAUGCGGACGGCGUAACGCAGGAGCAUUCUUCCGUUAAUCGUAAUUCGAUGACCGUCUCAUCGGAAACUACGACCACAAUGACUAACAAGAGCGGUGCUAAAACAGUGAUGAUCGUGAAUCGUAGAGGAAGAACAGUGCAGCGAAGUAUGUUCGUUAAGGAAUUGCAUGCUGACGGGACCGAACGAGUAUACACAGCAACGUCGACGGAGGGUAAGGUGUAUUUGAAAAAAGUGGCAAUCACGACGGCUGAUCGUAAGAAAAAACGCACACCAGUCAAAUAUCCACUCUGCUCGACCUUCUGCACAAAGAACAAGCAGCGCAGUAUAUUGGUACUUCCUCAGCACGAAUUGAGGAAAUUAUCCCGUGUUGGUGGUAAGAUACCCGUGCAAGGGUUCCAUCAUCAAGCCAAGGCAAACAUGUCGGUGUGGCCGUAUCCCUGCCCCAGGCCCUUAUUCAAGACUUGCUGGCUGUACAGAACAGUCGGUUUAAAGUCUCUGGCAUCUGCCGCGAUUCAGCUGAGGAUACUCUGGGGGUGUCUUAGAUGGGAUGACAUGGCGGCCAAGCCAUUGUCUACUGAUGGCAAGAAUCAGAUCACAACUGACACAGAGAUUAUGUCGCUGGAGAUACUAAAACAUCGACACGUUGGACAGUUUCUCGAUAGGACUCAAUAUCUACGUAGAAAGGUUGUUAUACCACUCGAACUUCCAAAGCAAGUCAGAGAAGUAACCUCUAUAAGGAGUGGUCUGAGAAAAAGAAAGCGUCCGGAAUCUCCACAAAGUACUGAACCACAAGUCACUGAAGAGUGGGUUGACGAGGAUAAACUAGAGCUAUGGGAGAUUAAGCAAUAUGGUGACAGGUUAGAGAAGGCUAAUGCGCAGAUUAUUACUAGGAGUCGCUCAGGAGCUCCGCAGUCGGUGGUCGUCAGCGGUGGAAAUAAAACCGCCACGAAUGCCGCCUCCGCGGGUGGCACAGUCGGUCUAACUGGUGACCAGUUGGUCAGUGGCAAAGCGACGCCAGAGGAGAUUAAGGAAAAGAUGGAACAACAAUUACGUAUACAACGAGCAGCUCACCAGCAAAAGCGUGCUUUGGAAAUCAAAAAUCAAUCCACGAACUCGACGUCGCCUGCUACCCAACUCGUCAAAGUUACAGCUAAUUCCUCCCACGAUGGUACAGUUAAAUUGGUUUCGAAAGUUCCGAUUCCGGCAAACCCAAAUAGCACGAAGUCGCAGUUAACUUCUCUUCUAACAACUCCGACACAAAAUAAAACUUUCAUUGGUACACGACGAAUUUAUAUGACAAAAUCUGCUGAUGGAACUACCAAAGUUGUGACCGGCCCCACCAGUAUUUUACCAAAAACUCCACAAACCCCAGGAUUAAACCAGCAAUCCUUGAUCAGGGUGACGCCAACAAGCACUACUAAUUCACCUGUACCAGUGCAACAGAGAGUGCAAAUUCUCAGAGGACCAGAUGGAAAGUUGCAAGUACGCGGUUUGUUACCUGGUCAGCAAUUGGUUCAGAUGCCGGAUGGGAAACUGCAUGUACUGAAUGUAAGCCAAACUGCAGGCACUACAAUUGCGCAAGGCGCUCAAACAAAUUCGACAACUACAACCACUCCACAAGCGAAGACUGUGACUACUGUUAGCACUAAAACGGUAACGGAGAGUACGACUGCGACUAAAUCCAGUCCGAAUGCAAAGGCAACGGUAAAUUCGACAGUGCAACAAGUGCAAACGCCACAACAAACACAAGUUGCUGUUCAACGCGUUAAACCUGCAACUGUAACUCUGACGCCUGCCACAACGACUCAAGGGACGAAGAGUGCCAUCGUGGUCACUAAUACAGGGCAAACCGCGCAGGUAAUAUCUUCUGGUGGACAAGUAAUAAGCGGCAGUCCGAUAAUGGUCACGAACGCAAACCUCGUUCAACAAUUAGCAACAGGCAAAGCACAAUUGACUACGAUUGGCAAUCAGGUUGUGAUACGAAACGCGUCCAACCAAAUUGUGCAUGUAAACUCGGCUAAUGGCGGAUUCAUCGUGAAAGGUACCGUUGCCGCUAAUAAACAAGCUCCACAAACCAUGCAAACUUCAACAGUUGCACAAUCAACCACCACUGUAAACGCGAGCCCAACAACGACCACUGCAACCUCUACCACAUCACCAGUGACGACAACUCAGAGCUCCGCCACGACUCCGACUCCGGGUAGUAUUGAAGCUUCUUUAUUAGCAGGACAACCUCCCGGCACCAUAAUCAAGUGCGUAACAGCGCAAGUUAUCAAUACAGCUGAGGGUCCGCGAAUUGUGCUACAAGGUUUGCAAGGAUCGGAGUUCACGCCGCAGCAAUUAAAUAUGGUGCAGCAACAAGUUAAGCAGCAACUUUUGAAAGUUUUAAAUCAAUCAGCGCAUGCAGCGACCGGCAAGCAAGGUGUCUUGGGACCUACUAAGAUCUAUUUGGCCGUUCAACCAGCUCAAUCGCCCAACAAUCAGCAACAACAAUCUCAGACUUCGCAAGCUUCUCCAGCUACAAAUACUCCAGCAUCGUCAAUUACAAAGCAACAACAGUCUAUAACUCCGCCGUCGUCUACCAGUGAACCACAAAGCAUCACCGAAACCAUUCCAGAAACUCCACAACCAACAACACCAGUAAAAUCAUCGGAAAAACCGAAAGUAGUCGUUCAACAAGUAGGACGUGUGGCAAAUGCGGCAGAGGAGGAUGUGCAAAAAAUGAAUAUAGCUAAUGGUCAGCAACCAACGUCACAAUCCACAAAAGAAGGAAACGAUUCUUCGUCAAAUAAAUUUGUACUCACUCCAGAUUAUAUUCAACAAACGAUUAAAAAUGCUUUGAAACAAGAAAAUCUGAAUCCGGAGAUAGAGGAGAAAUUGUUGCAAUUACAACGUUAUCAGGAGAAGCAAAUGAAGGGUGGCGUAGAAAAUUCGGUGACUAGUAAUCAGACACAUAAUUUGCCCACGGCGACGACGCCGCGUCCGCCAUCGCGCAAACGGCCAGCGCCAUCGUCAAACGUUCCAACAGCGGUAACGACGACGACGCCAAUAAAUACGCAAUCAUCCAGCGACGAUAAAGAUGAUAAAGAUUGGGUGGAGACACCAAGGAAAAGACCUGCAGUAAAACAAGAAAAUCGCGAAACUCCCUCAAAAAUACCGAAACUAUCGGAGGCAUUAGAUAACGUCGAGUCGUCACCUAAAAAUCGAUCAGCAAAAUUGAAAGAUACUCAAGAGCAGCGAAGAAAACAGCAAGUAUAUUCUCGAAUGCAGGUUUUAUUGUUCCGGCAUAAGGAACUCCUUAAAAAAGACAUUCUUAAAAAGAGAGCUUUACUUGAGAAAGAACUUCAAAUUGAUAUACAGAAGGAUCUGUCGGCAGAGCUCGCCACUAGAACGAAAGCGGAGAGACAUAAGCAAGAUGAAGUAAAAGUUGGCAGCGCGAAGCGAAAAGCUAAUGCUCAAGCAGCUCAACAGGUCAGCCCGACUAGUCGAAGUGGUAGCAGACCGAAAAAACACAAGAGUCAAAGUAAUAGUACAACGCCUCCUGGUGGCUCAACAGCUACAAGUCGUAUCAAGAAAGAGAAAUUGUACUGCUUAUGCAGAACUCCUUACGACGAGACCAAAUUUUACGUGGGAUGUGAUUUAUGCAAUAAUUGGUUCCACGGUGACUGCGUGGGUAUAACGGAAGAAAUGAGUAAAACUCUGUCGGAAUUUGUUUGCACAGAAUGCAGACAUGCAAGAGAUACACAAGAAUUAUAUUGUCUGUGUAAACAACCUUACGACGAAUCUCAAUUUUACAUAUGCUGUGACAAAUGUCAAGACUGGUUCCACGGCCGAUGCGUCGGUAUACUUCAAUCAGAAGCUGACAACAUCGACGAAUAUGUUUGUCCAAAUUGCCAACGCAAUUCCUCCGUCAAUUUCGCUAAUAUGAAGAACCUUAACUUAAAAGACCUUGAUUUGUUAAAGAAAUUAAUUAAACAAAUACAGGCUCAUAAAAGUGCAUGGCCGUUUAUGGAACCAGUAGAUCCCAACGAAGCGCCAGAUUAUUACAAAGUGAUAAAGGAACCAAUGGACUUGCAGACUAUUGAAUUGAGGAUAAAUGAUCGAUCCUACAAAAAACUAAGCGAGUUUAUCGGUGACAUGACAAAAAUAUUCGAUAAUUGUCGGUAUUAUAACCCGAAGGAGUCGCCAUUUUUCAAAUGCGCCGAAUCCCUGGAAACGUACUUCGUCCACAAGAUUAAAAGUCUGAGGGAGAAGUUCUCAGAAGGGAAGUAAUUCAAUCAAAAAAUCGAUGUAGUCGUAUGUGAAAUCGAAUUGAAGUGGAAGUACUCAAGGAUUAAUUUAGUGCAGUGCGUUUUAUGAAAAACAGAAAACGGAACGGUUUUGUGCCAGUACAGUACACGUAGCAAAAACUGAAACUCUCGGAAUAGACUUAAAUAUGUAAAAGUAGAGAAGGCACUGGUCUCCGCUAUUUAUUAUAGUUGUGUGAACAUUUUUCUUUCCCCUCUCACUCCCUCACUGCAAUUUACUGAGUUCUCAGUUCCAGUUGUGCUGUACGAAGUGUGAAUUUUAGACCAGAACUUACCGCGCUCAUGUCGCUAUUUGAUUUUAUCCACGAGAAUAUAUCUUUGUUUUGCCGUCUAUAAUAUUGCGUGAAAAAAAGAAGUAAGCCAUAUAGCACAAUUAACGUUUACUUUUUUAAUAAUUACGUUAUUGAAAUAUAAUAUAUAAUUAUGUAACAUAAUUUUUCUGUUUAUCAGCCCUUUUUUAUUCUUUUUUUACACAUGUGAAAAUGGAGGGUUUGAUAGAUUAUAAGAUUUGUUUUACAUGUUCAUUGACCGUCCAAUUUAACCUGUCACAGUUAAUGCAUCAAACCCUUUUUACACUUCCUGCAACACUUCGAAUGAAAGAAUUUCCUUUUAAAAAUUACCUCAGGCAAGUCGAAAUAACAUCCAGAGUUUUGCGUUUUAUGAGGAUGUAUAGAUGAGAAUAAGUUGAUAAGCAUAUGUCUCACGAACAGUGAAACAUUUAUUAAUAAACAGUUAUUAUUAAACUGUAUCCAAACUAUAUGAAACUUACCUCUUUUCCGCGUUACAACUAUUUGUAUUUUUUAUGAAAAAAUUCGAUUCGAGAAAGGAAAAAAAUAAAAAAUUUGUAACACGUGACCUAUCAUGAAUAUAAAGUGACAAAAACGAUGACUUUUUGAAUUGUACGAAGCUAUCUCAUUCGUAGCUAUAGUAUGAUGAGAUAAAAUCGUAACAUGUUCACUUUGAGUCAUCUUUAACAUUGACCUUAUUUUAUUAUUUAUUCCAACAAAAGUGAAUUUUAACAAAAGUGAGUUCUCGCGAUACGCAGAAGUGUAUCAUUUUCUAUGCAACGAAUAAGUCGUGUAACAGUCUCCCCCUCAAAAAUGUGAAGACGGAUUAUCUAACACCGAUGUAGCUAACAAAAUAUAUAUGAGCUUGAAUAGGCGGAAUUCGAAACAGAAGGUUUAAUCCUCAAUAUUAUGAUAUAUAUCUAAAAGAUUAUUUUUUUGUAUAUUGAAAAUCUUUUCCUAUAUACAGAAUAUAUGUAUAAUAUAUAUGUGUACAUAUAUUUAUUUAUAUAGGAUACAUUACCACAGAGGUAGAAAUUGUUUCGUGCGCAAAACAUCACAUUCGAGUUCAUGCUGUAGUCGUAAGUUGUGGUUCAGAAUUCGCGCGCCAUUCACAUCAUGUUACGUUAUUAUUUAUGUAUGUACAUACAAUGUGCGACCGUGAUUUCACAUCCGAUGGUCCGAAUCGCGUAAUAAAGGAGGAUAAACUCCUCGGCCAUCUGUUGAAUACAUUUAAGAUGGUCGAAAAAAAAACCGCUAUCCCAUAUUAAACUAUUUCUUUAUAAUGUAUCCGAUGUGCGAAAGAAAGGGGAAAAAAGGAGCAAGCAGUUGUGUCAUCGUAUAGCCGUAAGACUAUUUUUUAGGAUUACACGCAUAAUAAAUUGUACAAAUUCGUUUAUCGUCUCGUGCUCACACACAAGCUAGCGAUUACGAUUCUAUUUACUUAUGCGUUGUUUUAAUCACAUAAAUAAAUUUUCUAUGAAAUUGUUUAUAAUCGACGACUCACAUUUAGGCGUUUAGAUUGUAAGGAACAGGCAGCAAAGACUGCUUAUGUAUAUAUACACAACACCACACAACUACACAGAUGUGAAAAGAAAAAGAAAAGUUUAUCUCAAAGAGAAAGGCAAUUGUAGAAUUCUUUGAUUUUCAAACAAGGAGAAAAUAAAAAGUCAGUAAAAA